AUGGACCUAGAUCUGGAGGAAGAGCUCAUGGACUUGGCGAGCAAUGAGCUGGCCUACCUGCCCUCCAGCACCGCUUCCUCUCCCCCGCCAGCAUUUCUAAACGCACCCUCAUCUCCUGCUCCCACCAGCACAUUGGCACAGCAAGUGACCGGGCAGUUGUUGGCCCAGGCAACGCAGAAUGCUACUCUUCAACAGGAACGGAAGCAGAUUUCGCCCAGCCCCGAAUCGUCGAGCUCCAACAAGGAGCAGCUUACCCCUGAACAACUGAAGUUUCUAGCAGAGGAAGAUGCGCGACUGGAGAGACGCAAUGCAGUGGUGAAAGAGCUUACAGCCACGAGACAAGACGCCAUUGCCAGACGUCUGGACAACCUGGUAUUGCAGUUCGAGCAGCUACAGCAACGUACCACAGCCCAAAUCGGGGCCUGUGGCAACAAUGGAGACGAAAACGAGGGACGCAGGAGCCCGGGGACGCAGCUGAUGACAGCAAAACUGAAUUUUGUGGUGGAACAGAGUGCACUCGAACUUCAACAUGUAGACGGAAACGUCAAGUGGACGAGGCUGCUGGAG